GUCAGUAGGCAACAAGGAGAUAAUGCUGGAGUGGUUACUGCUAACCAUGUGCAUAUAUACACACUGGGUCAACGUGCGAAAUGAAUCGGCCUCUCACUUUGUGCUUGUGAGCGAGCGAGGGAGAGCUAGACACAGUCAUGGGUAUAUCAGGUGCUGUGGAAUGGUGGGAGGAGUGGCAUCUGCGCAUCCUCGUCCUCAGCAGCCUCUUCAUCCAGUACCUCCUGCUCUGCUCCGCUCCCUUGCGUAAGUUUGCUAUUCCUUCCUGGUACAGAUCCAUCAUAUGGCUCGCAUACCAAGGCAGCGAUGCUGUCGCCAUAUACGCCCUGGCCACCCUCUUUAACCGCCAAAGGAGUCAGGAUCAUGGUAGUGGUACUUCUGCAAACAACAGUAGCAUCCUGGAGGUGGUGUGGGCACCAGUUCUCCUGAUGCACCUCGGAGGGCAGGACCUCAUAACCGCCUACAAUAUCGAAGACAAUGAGCUGUGGACGCGGCACAUCCUCACAGCCGUGUCCCAGGUCACUGUAGCUAUCUAUAUGUUCUGCAAAUCGUGGCCAGGAGGCGACAAGAGGUUGUUGCAGGCAUCAAUCUUGUUCUUCGUCCCUGGGAUUCUCAAAUGCAUAGAGAAGCCCUGGGCUCUCAAGAGUGCUAGCAUUAAUAGCCUAGUAAGCUCUUCCGGUCAUGCUCCGAGGAGAACUGCCACCAGAGAAGGCGAGAUCAAUUCGCUUGAAGACUACGUGCAAAAGGCAAGGGCUUUUGCCCAGACCGACCCUGGUUGUCAAGCACAAGAAGGUGAUGCGGUCGACCAUGGGGCUGACAAUUAUCUUUCUCAAUCACAAGGAGAAGAUAGUGUGGUGGACCUUGAGGCCAACCAUCGAACUCAAACACAAGGAGUGGCUGCCACUGUGGAUCUUGAGCCCGAUCAUCAUCCUCAGACCUCAAGGACAUGGAUAGGUCGCCUAAACCAAAUAAAGGAAAAAAUGGGAAGCCACGUAAACCAAAUAAUGGAGAAAAGGAGAACCCACCUAAUCCAAAGAGAGCCAAGAUUGAGAAGGCGAGAUAAUGACUAUAAUGGGGACCCUGAGACCUACAGGAUAUUUGUGGAUUUUGCAUCGCCGUAUCCUGAUCGGCUUGUGAUCCUAAAAUCCUUUUGGGUGCUUGAUGGAAAACAAGCAUACAUUUUAUUGCAGAAUAGAUUGUUCAGCAUUUUCAAUCUUCUCUACACAAAAUCAAAGAUACUCGGCAGUUUUAAAGAAGAGGAAGACCCGAGCGGGUUGGAACUUCUUUCUCUGUACAUACGGUUAUCGGCUAGUUUAUUGCCAUGGGCAGCCAUAGGCCUAUUCCACAAGAGUCACAGAGAAGAUUAUGAUGAUAAUGAUGUCAAGGUUACAUAUGCCUUGUUCUGCUGUACUGCAGUGCUAGAGUACUGUUCCUGUGCUUCCUUUGCCUUUGCGAAAUUUACUUUUCUAAAGGUAUUUCUCAAUGCCAUACUCAAUGUCAAAGAUAGCCUCAUAGGCCAAUUUAAUCUGGUAGGAUUCUUUGCUCGUAACAGAAGGCACUCCAGGAAGAUGUGCAUCGUUAAUUUCUUUAACUGCAAAGACUUUCUUGACCAACAUUGGUCCAUGAAGCCCUGCAAGUUAUCCUUUGCAAUUCUAGAUCUGGUUCUUAAGUAUGUGAAGAUGGGGUGGGAAGAUCAAAUAAAAGAUACUGACAGCUACUGGAAGUUCAACGAUCGCAGGGGGCAAUGGACUCUUCAGUCCAACAAUUGCGACAAAGAUCUCAGUUGCAGCUUAAGGAAGCCAUUCGAUGAGAGUGUUCUUCUCUGGCACAUCGCAACGGAUUUCUGCUUCUACUACAUGGGCGCAUCAGCAGAUCACCAAUGUGCCACUGCUCAGUGUAUUCAAGAUGCUUCCGGUGAGGGUCAUGGGUGUGCUGUUUGGUGUGAAAGAUCUCCUCAUCACAAAAGAGCCGUCCAGUGCAGAGAAAUCUCCAACUACAUGAUGUACCUACUGUUUGUCAACCCUGAGAUGCUACUGCCAGGCACUAGGCGAAAUCUGUUCACAGCUGCCAAUUCUGAGCUAAAGAAGAUCCUCAAGGAUGACAAUCCAUCGCUCAAGAAAAUUGUCAAGGGCGGCAAGCCUUCGCUCAUGGAGAUCCUCAAGUGCAAUAAACCAUUCUGCAACUUCUUCACAGUCAAAAGGCCAUCGCUCAAGGAAAUCGAAAGAGGAUUUACACAGAGAAUAAUCGCGAAGGUACAGCCCACAGAAAACAGAGAACAAGUUGUUGAACAUACGGACUUGCCACUGGAUGCGGAGACAGAUGCAACUACACAAGAAGGUUUUGUCCAUGAUGCAUGGAAUCUUGCCAAUGGGCUGCUACAAAUGCGUGAUGAGAAGAUGUGGAAGGUGAUCGAAGGCGUGUGGGUGGAGAUGCUCUGCUUCUCGGCUAGUAGGUGCCGAGGGUACCUACAUGCCAAGAGUUUGGGCACUGGUGGGGAGCUGCUCACGUAUAUCUGUCUCCUGUUGUCGCACAUGGGGAUGGAGACCUUACCGGAGAGGUUGCAGAGGACGGAACUUUCAAGUGGAGGAAAUGCCAGGGUCACUCCAUUGACUUCCCAGGUACCUGGGAGCGAGGACCCACCACCCUUGAGACGCCGGAGGCCUCAUGAAGCUGCUGCUGCUGGGGCAUCUACCUCUCGACCUCAAGAAAUACAACCAGCUGAAUAACCUGAGAAGUCAUUAUCUCCGUGUUGUUUUGUACAUGGUGAUAAUCCUGUGUGUCUGUAUUGCUACCCAUCUGCCGUUCAUAUCCUUAGCUUUCCCCGGAUUGGUUCAUGCUUGUCUGUAUUGUUCAUUACCUAUCUCCAUCUGCUAUACAUGGAGAUAGUGUCAUGUAUUGUUUUAUUACCUUACCUACCAGUCUGUUUGUGUGCUGUUAGAGCUGCAAAAUUACAAUGUCUGUACUCUGUAGUAUAGUAUGGAUGCCAGAUUACUCCAUGGAUGCCCGCCCCGUGUUGAAUUCUGCAGCAUGCUUGUUUGAAAGAGUGGAUUUGGUGUGAUCAGAGUCAUUUGAAAGAGUA